CGCCCGACGGACAGAGGACAGAGAACAGAGACGAUGGCGGCGAAUCGGCCCAAUAUUAUGCUGCGCCCGAAGCGGAGCACCAUGUCGCGCCACCAUGAAGAGUCGGCGCCACGGCAGACGCAGGCUGAAGACAGCAAGUGGCGGCGGAGGCGCGAAGCGUUUGCUGAGUUUGAGCGGCGGCGGAUUGCGGCGCUGUAUGGCGACCGCGACGAGCGGAUCCGGAUCCGCCACGAGAUGGAAGACGCGCAGAAGGAGGCCAUCCAGUGGAAGGUCGAGGCGCGCGAGCGUGAGGAGGCUGAGCUUAACGCUUACCUCUCCAAGCGUGAGAACCAGGACUCUAUUGUAGAGACUAUGGAGCAGAAGCAGGCGAAUGCCCGCCGCGAGUACGAGCGCGCCCUGAUGGAGGAGAACAAGCGGCUUGCAGCUUAUCGCCAGCAGCUGCGCAUGGAGGAAGAGGAGCGCGAACGCGAGCUCGGCUAUGCCUCGCUUCCCAUUCAUCGCCAUUCACUGUUCUAGCGCACGGUCAAUCGCUGCCGCCCGCUCCCCGUCCUCCCGCCCCGGCCCCAGCUCCUCUGCGGCCGCCACGGCGCCGUCGUGGUACCGGCUCGUCGCCUGCCAGACAUGUACCAAAGGCGGAAGAUACAAAGAAGGACAUAAGAAGGACAAAGCCGAGAUGGCUGGCAACGUUGUGUGAGUUGCGGCGUGGGUGCAGCGCCCAAAUCCCAUGGCUGCUCACCACCGGCAACCGUCACACUUCUGGUUACUCCAAGCCAGGCUCGGCUCUCCGCACCUUCCCAGAUCAUAUCAGUGGCGGCUGCAGUAGUAAAGCACGGAAGCGCCC